AGAGCCGAGCGAGCCGCCCGCGCAGUCCUGCAGGAGGCGCCGGGCGCUGCGCGGCGCUCGGGACCCGGACCGCUCCUCUCCGCCUCUCCUCGCCCUGUGGUGGUUAUUUGGCGCUGUCCUUAGCCCCGCUGCCGCUCGGAGGACACGGUCGCAGCCGAGAAGAGCCACCGGGGGUUUUGCGUGAGAGUGUGUGUGUGUGUGGAAUAACUGCAGACAUGACUGCGUGGAAGAAAUUCAAGUCUCUGCUGGUUUUCUGCGCGGGGCUCCUCACUGCAGCUCAGGGUCAGAACUGUGGAGGCUUAGUACAGGGACCAAAUGGUACUAUAGAAAGCCCUGGAUUUCCUCAUGGUUAUCCAAAUUAUGCCAACUGCACGUGGAUCAUUAUCACAGGAGAGCGUAAUAGGAUACAAUUGUCAUUUCAUACUUUUGCCCUCGAGGAAGAUUUUGAUAUUUUGUCAAUUUAUGAUGGACAACCACAGCAAGGCAAUUUAAAAGUGAG